AUGGAAAAGACCGAAGAAGAGGUGGUGAGUGCUGAUGCCGGCAAAGCAUCGUCGACCGAGGCGCAGAAAGAUGAAAAUGCCGGCUUAAAUAUCAAGAAACGCGAACGCCGCUUGCCGGAAUGUAUCGGCGGCGAACGAGGUGGUAAACGGGAAAGACCCCGAAGGGCGAUGCAGACCCGCCACAGCUCAUACAAGCGACCCGGCGCAAACAGUAGCGGCGAAGAAUCGUCAGGUGAAACCGAUGCCAGAGAGGCGAAAAUGUCCCCCUCAUACAGCAGGCAGCGUACGAGGCGCGCAGCGGCCGCACGCAUAGCAAGUUACGCUGAAGAUCAGUUCGCCUUGAUCGACAGCGACCUGAGCGAUUCAAACGACGAAGAUGACUCCAAGAAGCACAAAGACUCUGACGAUGAAUGGCUCGAUUCAGAAGAAAGCGGAAGCGAUGUUGAAGCCGAAAUGAAAACCCCAAAGUCUAAAAUUGCCAAACGUUCUGGCAAGAAAGUGCAAACCUCCCGUCCAAAGCGUCAUUCUCGUCGACCAUCAAGAUCUCAGCAAGACUCAGAUGAGUCUGACUUCAGUUCUGAAGUCAGCUCCGACGACGAAGAUGAUACUUAUGUCCCCCGUCUGAGUAAGCGACGCCCGGAAAAGACGAUGACAAGCUACAAUUCGUCAAAGUCUGCCAAGAUUCACUCGUCCGAGUCCUCGGAUGAGCCAUCGGUUAAGAACGUUGCAGUAAACAAUGCCGUCGAGGACGACGGAAAACAAGAGGAUAGUCAGGAGAUGAAAAAGGAAGAGAAAGAAAAAGGGAAGGAGCGAGAAUCGGACGAAAAUUAA